AUGACUUCCUUCCCUUGUCGGUCGUUACGUGGCAUCGUUGCCCUCGCGAGCGUCGCGUGUGUCUUUGGGGCUGCUUUGCCUACGCAAUCGCCUAUCGGGGACGGUGGCGUUUUCUUUGUGAGGAGAGACCCUGGCGCGAGCACGGGCUCUGUGGCUGUAGCAGCAUAUACGUCAGAUGCAAUGAGUGUAACGUAUGACGGAGAUGAGGGAGGGAGCGGGAGCUGGGAUGUUGCUACGUCAACUACCAGCGUAGCAACGCCUAGUCAUAGUUGCACAAGCAGCGAGACAAGCAUACCCAUUCUCGACAUCGAGACGACGCUCGCGAAUGAUAGGACUCUGGAGGUGCUAGACGGUUGCACCCUCGCGGUUGCCGUCCUGGUUGCCAUUCUCCUCGGAUGGAUGGUAGUGAGGACGCACGUGAAGGGGCGACAGUUGGAUAAACUCCUCCAGACCGCGAGACUUCUGAAGCCGGCUGCCGAUAGCAGCACCGACUCUGUGGCUAGUCGCUCUAUGGAUACCGACAGGACCCGUAACUUGACAGUGAGCUUGGUGCGCACAUGUGGUACACACGAGGAGGGAGAGGGUUAUGGGUGGACCGAGAAGACUGAGAAGACGGGGGCUUCGCAUAGCAGCAAGAGGGUGUUGCCGGAGGUGCCGCGGAUUGAAACUAUGCUCCUGGCGACUCCAACGUCGUCGUGGUAUGGGUCGUCGUCGUCUCAGACGCUUGGGGCAGAUUACCAGCCCGUUAGCCCACCGCGGGCCCUUCCUAAGCCGGGCAGCAUCCAACAUGUGCUUAGGAAUUCGCACAGCGAGCCCGUGAUGAAGACAUUGAUGUGAGGGUCGGGAUAUGGGAAGAGCUGAGGGUUUACUAGUAGUUAUUGCACGAAUGUUGGCUGUAUCGUACAUUGUUCGCUGCAGGUCGGCUGACCUUGUUCUUGUCAUUGUAAAGCAAGUUAGAUUCUUGUUUGCAUUGGACCCAACCUCUCCCUUUGUCAUUUGAGCUGGACUUGAAUCGUAAACGUCGGUUAAGUUUCGCAUGAUGCCGAGAUGAGGGCCCCCGAAGUUGUCCGAAGUGUGCAGCAGAGUUGAGUCAUGC